UCCUUCAGCUUUAAGGCCCAAAAGGAAGUGUGUGCAACAUGUGAGAAGACGGUCUAUCCAAUGGAGAGAUUGGUUGCCAACAACCUGGUCUUCCAUUCAGCAUGCUUCUGCUGCAAGCACUGCAACGCCAAACUCAGCCUUGGCUCCUUCGCCGCUCUUCAAGGUGAAUUUUACUGUAAACCCCACUUUCAGCAGCUGUUCAAAAGCAAAGGCAACUACGACGAGGGCUUCGGACGCAAGCAGCACAAAGAGCUCUGGGCCUCCAAGGAGACAGAUGAUAUAACAAAGUCGGCAUAAAAAUGUCUGCCUGUGUCCCAUCCCAGCCCAGCCUCCUCCUUUUCCUCCUCCUAACACCUCCAAUACAUCACGAUGAACACAUGCCUCAUACGCUGGAGCACUGUUGAGUCACCCACGCGCUCACUCGCUUUUUAAACGGCAUCAGAACAGAUACAUGCACAAACAGCUAGGAAAUGACUGGCCAGUCAUAAUUAUACCACUUAAAAAUAAAUUUCGGGGAUAUAUUUUGGGUUCGACUUUAUUGAAAUCUGUAUUUUCUUAAUUUUAUUUUUCCAGUUUGGAAUUGGUAGUUGAUUGUGACCAAAAGCCUUCUCUGACAUGAGGAGUGUAAUAAUAAUAAUAAUAAUACUGAUAAUAAUAAAAUCACCUAUAUUUAGAUUUCUUAUUCUUUCUAAUAAUUUGCACCCUUCUUUUUUUUGAAUAAGUAAACCGUAUGCUCAGGCAGACAUAUCAGAGGGGUUACAGAGCGUCCGUGUUUUGAGGUAGAGCAUACACUCAGGUCAAUUUUCACCCAAGGAUUUUUUCGAAAUAUUGCAUAGUUUCACUCAUUUCGACAAACCACAAAUCAAAAUAAUAGUCCCUCAGUAUUGUGACUUUGCUGUCAGUUUGUCAGGUUUCAUAUAUUUGAGGAACAAACAGGGUACAGAGUACUGUAAAAUAACCGCACACAUCAGCAACAGCUCACCUCUCGUGUUUCAAUCUUGUGUUUUUUAGUCUUAUUAUUCGACUCAUCCUCAUGGUUUGUUCUUGUUUUAUUGACCGCUUUGAGUCUUAUCCUUGCAUGUUGGGAUGACUGGGUCUUAAUAGCCUUAUCUUAUGACUGUAUCGAUCUUUUGUGUUGUGAAUGGUUUUGUUUGUUUCAUAGUCGCAUAGGAAUUCACUUUUUAAAGUUUUUAGAAGCACCUGAGUUUGGAUUUGAUUGAUGUCAUGGCAUUAAGUUGAUCCCCUCUGAGCUUUUAUGGUUGAAAUUUUAAUGGAAUUCUCAGAUUGUGUUUUGUAUACUGUCUGUACAUAGAGCUGUAGUUUGUGAUUUAGUGAACAUUCCCCACCAUACUGUACUCUCGUCUAGCACAUAUGAUGGCACGUGAUCACCAGACAAGAUGUUCAAUAAUCAACGGGGGAAACCGAGGCCUCGUUCGUGAACGUCGCUCACUCCGUCGCAGGAAACACUUUAAGAGGAGCUGUAAACAUUUGGGGAAAUUGAUUACCGCAAUUAUGUUUCCGCGUCACAAAUGAGGAUGUUAAUGAACAGAGCUUAAACCUCGCAGGAAGUCACAUGAUUUUCAUUUCACGCUUGUCAAUUGUUAGAUCGUCUUGUGGUGAUUUUUUCCCCCCUUGCUGUAUUUGAGUGUGUUCGUAUAACUGGACAGUUUUUAUGGGGACGUAGACGGAUCCUAUCCACAGUGUCUUGAACAUCCGUUGUGAUUCAUUCCCUCCCGAUCCCAUCCAGUAAGCGUGGACAGGUUUCCCCUUUUAGAUAAAUGCCUUCCUGUUCUCAAGUCCCGUCUUAUUAGCUAAAUACACCUUAGCACCUGGACCUAUUUCUUAAUCCUGAAACUACAGUUGAUGUCUGAGGGAGGGUUUGUCACAGUAUUGGUCCUCCUGAUGUGCUCCUGCAUGCUGCAUGCUAAACCCAGUGCAGAGCACCCCCUGCUGGGGAGAGUGUGACAGUAGCGUCUAGUGUGAGAGGAAAGAAAAAUGACUUGCCCGUGAACUCAACGUAGCCUUUUAUUCAAAGUUUUGGAAUACGUUGCCUCGGUCUGCAGUGCAGCUGCUGCACUCCAGCCACUUUUUAUCUUAUUUAAUUCCAACACUUAAGUGAAAUAACCCAGUUAGACAAGAUUUCCACAUCUAUAUUUCAUUCUACUCAAAGAAUGAGUCAAAAGCCAUUCAAAUAUCUCGUUUUAGAAAAUGUCUGAAUACCGCUGAGACCUGACUGACACUUGAAUGACACAAAGUACUUUUUGUGACUGAAGGUUUACUGUGAAUUUAAGCAUGCUGUGCAGAAUGGAAAGCUGAACUCAAACAGAUGGAUAUUUGCUACUUUUUUGAAAAGAGAAGCCUUAGAAAUAAAUAGUUGACCUUUUAUUGUUUAUUUCAGACAAGAUCUUUGAGUACAUAGAUCUUUUACAAAGAAAUCUCCUGAUCAUGCCUUUUCAAAAACCAACCUGCUUACUCUGAAGCCCCACUCUUUAACAUAGGAUUACUUCACUCAACCAGCAGCCAUUGUUUCCUAUCUAACCACUUUUUAUCCUCAUGUAAUGUUCAAUAACUCUGGUUCUACUGUGUGUGACAAUGUAUAUUUUAUAGUUUCCUUUUUUUCAUUUUAAAACGGUCCUCUGGGUCCCUGAGAAUGCUUUAAAAUCAAGAACAUUGUAUCUAGAAAUGCUGUCUUUGUCACUCUCCGUUAGCAGUUCGCCAAGGUACAACUGCAGAAUCUGUGAAUUGCAACUUGUUAAGUGUAACAGAGCAGACAAGGUACACUUUACACUGGUGCCAAGUGGCUCAGGUGAAUGAUUGCAGUGUAACGUUUUAAAUGUUUAACCUGUGAGUCAUUUCAUUUUUGUGCUAAACUUGAUGUGGACUUCCUUUUCAAUGCUGUUGUCAUCGAGACAUUUUAAAUGUAUGCAUCUUUGAAAAAUGUAUUCUGUAUUACAGACUUGACCUGUGGAUUGAGGUGGCCUUACAGCAAAAGAACGCUUGGACUGUGUUUGCAGUCUCUCUCCCUCCUCUAUUCUCCCUUCUUCUCUCUAUUGCUUAGUUGUGGUAUAGAAGUGUAACAUUUUAAAAUGUAAGCGCCCCCUUUCUACACCAAUAUACACAAUCAUUUUGUGCAUUUUCUUUCUCUUAUUUUUAUUUUUUACAUGCUUUUUGGAGAAAAAAUAAAAUGCUGGUGUUGAUUUAAUGAA